UGGAAUGAAAAAUACGUGUAUCUUUAGUGCUUGUUCGAUAUAUUAUAGAUCAUAUAACGUUCACACAACCCAGUGUUAGUAAAAUCGUCAUCCCAUUCCAAAACGAAUGUGACAAGACUAUAUACGGGAAAAAUAAUAUGUUUGUAUUGUACUCUCAACAAUGAAAGUUUAUUUCUCACGAAUCGUGAGUACACAGAAGGAGGAAGCGAACAAUGAAUUCAAGGCGAACGCAGAUUUAACACAAAAUUCUUCAUAACGCGCUCUUUCAUCAUACAUGUAGUUCUAUAAAGCAUUAUUCAGAAAUCAAAAAGAUCAGUAACAAAAUUUCAUAGUAGUAUUUAUUGAUUGUUAGUAAUUUCUAUCAUUCAGGAGAAGCAAAAAUCAUUACACGUAUAUAGGAGAACCUGAAUAUUUCAAAUCGAAAAUGCCAAUCAAAUAAUCAAUCAAUCAAUUAAUCAAUCAACCCGUCAUAAGUAUGUUACAAAAGCCUAUCUACCAGAGUUCUCCAUUUCUGCCACCGAACGAAAGCCUAAUAUGUCAAAAUAGUACAAAACAACCCUUAAAUGAUGUUAUGGAGUAUGAAGGUCCAAGAUUGUCAACUUUUGCAACAUUCCCAGAUAUCCCUGGUAUUUAUGCAACAAAACUUGCAAGAGCUGGAUUCUAUUAUCUAGGAAAAGUUGAUGAGGUUGUUUGCUUUAAAUGCAAAAUUACACAUAAAAACUGGAAACGACAUGAUUCUCCAUCAGAAAUUCACAAGCAAAUUUCGCCACUUUGUGAUUUUAUCAAACAAACUAAAUUCAUGGAAUAUUCCCAAAAUAUUACAGAAGACGCUGUUAGCAGUGGUGCACAUUAUAGUCCGACCGAAGGAACUGCAUGCACACAUUUGGUAUGCGACAAAACUAAACAGCCGAUUAAAAGCACUGUUGCUCAACAGAGCUUAAAUGUGCAUACUAAUGGAAUUGAGAAUACUGACACAAUGAAUCAAAAUUCAAACAACUUCAAAUACGAAAUUUCGCAUACUCAUGGUGUAGGGAUACAAAGUAGUCCUUGUGGAAUAAAUCAAAGUUUAAUGAACAACACGAAUACUGAUAUAAAAAGAACAGAAGCUUACAAAAUUGCUAAUCAUAGUUACUCGACUAAUAAUACUGACAGCUUGAUUAGAAUUUCACAAACAAAUAUAUCGAAUACGAAUUGCAGUACUAGCGCAUCAAACAGUCGGACAUUGAGUCAAACAACUCCUAACGAUAGCACGAUAGCUAGUAAAGCUCCACUGGAACCGAGUGCGAUGGGGAUUUGCAUUGAUAACCCAAAGUAUCCAAAAUAUGCAACCAAAAUAUCUAGACUAGACUCUUUCAAACAUUGGCCAACAUAUUUGACACAUUCUCCAGAUGAAAUGGUUUCAGCAGGAUUCUUUUUUACAGGUACCGGGGAUCACUGUCGCUGCUUUUUCUGUGGCGGUGGCUUAAGAAACUGGGAACCAGGUGACCAGCCUUGGAUAGAACAUGCACGCUGGUACCAGAACUGUGCUUUUGUUAAAAAUUGUAAAGGCGAAAGAUUUAUACGAGAUGUUCAAACAAACAACUUGCAAACUGAAAUAGUCGAAACGAAUGAGCUACCGAACACUAUAACGCCACUAGAUGACUUUAGAAACAUUCCUGCAGUAAGAUCUGUAUCUCAGUUUGGAUACGACGAAAAGUUAGUCAAAGAAGCCUACGAUACUCUUAAGAAAGCUGAAACAGCAGAUAUCACAAGUACCGCACUUCUUGAAACUAUUUUCAAUUUAGAGGUAAAAUCGACGCAAACCCAGGAAAAUUCAAAUAAAACCAAACCUGGAAUGGAAGAGUCGCAAUCAGCAAUCGGACCUGCAGCUACAACACAAGUAAAUAACGAACCUGCACGUGAUCCUGGGCUUGAAUUGUCGGUUAGAAGUCUCGAAGAAGAAAAUCAAAACCUGAAAGAUCAGCAGACUUGUAAAAUAUGCUUAGAUGAACCAAUUGCAAUAGUUUUUCUACCCUGUGGCCAUUUAGCUGCCUGUAUCACCUGUGCGCCUGCGCUUAGAAGAUGUCCAAUAUGUAGAACUUUUAUCAAAGGGACAGUAAAAGCUAUAAUGUGCUGAUGUAUUUAAAAUGUAUAAAAUUAAUAAAAAAAAAUAUAAAACAAAUUUUGAAAUAUUUAUAGUGAGCAUGCUAAGUAAUAUAGUUUUACAUAGCAAAAUCAGGAGGAAAUAAGUUUUUAAUAAAAACAUGCAAAUUCCUUAUCAUGCUCAAAAUAGACCUAUGAGUUGAUACGCACAUGUAGACAGAGGCGGAUUUAGUAGGAGCAGGGUGCUUGGGUCCCCUCAUA